AGUGUCUCAGGGACACAACGACAUGCUGACUGCAGUGGGGAACAAUUACACGUUCUCUAAAAGUACUGUAUAACACAAUGUAUGGCAGAUCUUUCUCACAUUUAGUAUAAUCAUUACAACAAUUUAUCUGGUAAUCUCCCAGAACCCCCUAAUCUUGUCCUUGCAAAUGUAGUGAUAAUGAUGAUUUAUACAUGGAGUCAUCCUAUUACAGUAAAGCGAUGAGUCAUCAAACUACCGUUGAACUUAGGAAGUGGUUGCCUAAAUUAUGACAUGGGGAUGAGAUUGUUUAGAGGUUUAGUGAGAAUCAUAUUUCAGGACCGAUUCUGCAAGAGGAUUCUUGAAUUGAAUCCAUAAAAUCUCCAGUUUCCUCCCUCUUAAAUGUUAAAACUUCAUCCAGCGGUGAAGAUAAAACAGAAUAGGUCAAGCUCAUUUUCUGCCCACGCCUCCUUUUCUUCCUAGAAUGCUUCGCCAGGUCCGGGGUGGGAAGGCCUUACACAGGUCUGCACGUCCCCCUUUUUUUUUUUUUUUUAACAACCCAGUGGUGCAGGACCAAGUAGCAAAAAGACAAGAUGAAUGAAUUUGUUUGCGCAGAAAGGUGAGCUGCUCGAGGCCCUCAAUAAUUCAGUGUUUGUAACAGACGGUGCAUCAGUGGGUGAACACGCGCAGGCAGCUAUGGCUGAUUGAUAGUCCCUGCCAAAACAAAAAACUGAACCCCAUUAUUCAUAUCGUAAUAGGAUCUGUGGAAACUAUGCAGCCCGUUGUCUCUGUUGUCUCAACUGCAAUAAUUUGGCACCACGAGGAACAACUGUGCAUUUUUGACCUUGGGUUUUUGUGCUACUGUUGAUGUCUGACUUUAUAUUGAUGGUUUGCAGACUUUUAUUUGACAUUUGACUUCUAAACAGCCAUAAAUAAUGCUCUGCGGUUCGUCCAUUAUUCAAACGUGCGUAACUGAGGAUGCCAAUUUGACUUCAAGGCUUAUUAAACAUACACCUGAUAAUGCCUGUUAUAAAGAGCAAGGCAGCUAUCACACUAGAGGAACCCUGGCUCACCUGUCAGGGGGACCCGGCUAUUGUUGGAAGUAUUGACCUACACAAGCCUGUGUGGGUCAAUAAGUGAAUAAUAGAAAAUAUCUGCUGUGUGUUGGUAUGGGGUUUCUGAUUAUAGGCAUGUCCACAAAUUAAAUGAACAGAGAUGAAAGUGCUUACUUUUGAUAGAAAUCCUUGGUUUUAGUUGGUACUCUAAAAACUUGGUUCUGUACACUUGUUGAGUCCUAAUGCAUUGGUUAUGUCUUAAUAAAGUAAUUUUAAUUGACAAUCAGAGUGCCAUGAGUGCUUGAAAACAACACCAAGGACUUCCAUCAAAAGUAAACUGGACAGUCAUUGUUUUAAUUUUCACACACAUUUCUAUAUUUUGUUAUUCCAAUAACACCCUUUUUUUUAGAGAGUGUCAUUUCUUACUGAAUCGUAGUUGCUCUCACCCUUUCUCUGCUUUUAUAGCUGCAAUUGACCUAUGCUCCCCCACCUGAUAUAAAACAGAGAAAGAGGGAGAGCAAAAAGCACACACCCUAUGUGCUGCAUGUGCACACACACAAACGCAUUCACAGACUCACACACACAUAUCUCAUUACCAUUCUCCUGAUAGUGCAGCCAGUGGGUGUUGCAAAAGGAGGAGCGAGGGAGAGCAAGAGAGAGGGGAAGAGAGGGAGGACAGGCAGGGAACCAGCCUUAUAGAGAGGGAGAGCACGAACAAGACAACAGGAGAUACGCGUGGGAACAGCAGCACACUAAAUAGAGACAGAGCAGCGUUUGCAGAACAACAUAACCUGUGUGUCUGUCCUUCUGUGUGGGUGAGUGUGUGAGCUCAGUGUGUUUCCACGGUUCUCCUGAGGCCGUGGCAGCCAUGGCAUCAGAGCCUAGCACCCAGUCCAGGGUGAUGUUCCAGGCGGGGGACAAAACUGAGGAGCCGGCGCACCGCAAGCUGGGCAAGCUGACAGUCAAAUACAACCGUAAGGACCUGCAGAGGAGGCUGGAUAUCGAGGAGUGGAUCGACGGUCAGCUGCACCUGCUGUUUGACUGCGAGGAGGAAGAGAUUCCAGAGUUAGAGAUUGACAUAGAUGAACUCCUGGAGCUGACGGACGAGGGGCAGAGAACCCGUCUGCAGGAGCUGUUGCAGGAAUGUGGAAAGCCAAAAGAGGAUUUUAUCAACGGGCUGCUCUACAGGAUAAAGGGUCUACGCAAAAUGUCAGGUCCCUUGAAGAAAUAAUUAUAGGUCAACUAAAGAAUUGAGACAAUGUGGAGCCUCCGAUCUUCCCAUCUCCCACGUGUCAACCGCAACAUGUCAGUGGGACUCUCUUCCUGCCCUCCCCCCCUAGCAUCAGUCUUAACACCAGAGGAGUUUUCAAUGGAUUUUUUUUAUUCUUUCACUUAAAUUCAUGGACUGCUAUAACAUUU